GUACUGGACUCCAGAGUUAUCAUUUCAGAAUGUUUCUUUUGUCAUACUAACGACAAAUAAUAAAAUGUUCAUAAAUGAUAUUACUUUUUCUAAGUUUUUUGGUACUUAUAUUCGUACGCAACGGAACCCUUCGUAGCGAGUCCGACUCAUACAUGGUAUACUUACACUUGCUUAGUUGAAUAACUUCUAAUACUGAAAAUCUUUUCAAAUCAAAACUAUAUUUGCGUAAACCUAUGUCACAUCACUUCACAAACAUGAUACAAAUCUUUUCUUGCUUUAUAAAUAAUCGAGAAUCUUUGACGUUAGUUCUAUUUCGUAAAAGUCAGUGCGAUCCAGUGGCGACCAUUCUAUCAAAACCACAUUUUUUUUUAAAUAAUGUUCUUGUUCCUCUUGUUGAUAAUUUGUAAGAUGUUACAUGAAGGAGAAGCAAAGCUCUUUCAACCUAACACCAACGAUGUGUAUUGUGCUCCACCUUUAUAUAAAAUAGUUCACAGAAAGCAGAUUAUAUUAUUCGAUACUACGGAUGAUGAUAAUUAUCUUUACGAGUUAUGUCUUAUGGAGCGUACCCGACACCAAUCUCUCGUAGUUAUGGCCAACAUCACAGAAAUCAAAAUGAACGAAAUUAAACUGGAUUACGCAAAUUUUAGUCCAAAUAUGGUGCUAAUUUUUUACCAACUAUCUUUAGACAUUAUUGAGCACCCUAUUCUUUCAUUCUUGUUUAGUUCACUUCGAUCCUACGUAUUCAUUAUUAUUAAAACAGAAGAUGAUGAAUACAAAUGUAUUAAUGGAAUUUUCAGUGAAAAAGCUAAAUCUGCACAAGAAGAUUUUCUUAACCGACUGUGGUUUAAAUAUCACAUGUUCGUUGUAAUAUUGGAGUUUCCUUUUGUCUGCCCUCAUUAUUUUGUUAUUUAUCAUGGCAAAUUAGAAACAAACGCCCCCUUAUAUAACAGAACCAUAAAGUCUGUACCGACAAAUGAACCUAGGUUAAAUAACAUGAUAAGAAGAGACUCAAGAAAUCUCCUCAAAGGAUACCCAAUUCGCGCUAACCUAUUCAUACGAUUUCCUACAUCAAUUAAUUUUUGUGAAAGUAUCCACUUCUACGCAAAUAUCGACUUUAAUAUAACGCAAAAUAUGUGCGGCAUGGAUGCUUUUAUAAUGCAGGAUAUAAUAAACUUUUUUAAGUUUAAAGUCACGUUCCCCGUAAUUGAAAACAUUGAUUCGUUUGGAUACAUGAUUUCAGAGAACAACAUCACUGGCAGCUUGGGAUUCUUGCUGCACAACUACUUUGACAUAUCUUUUAACUCGAGGUUCAUGGUGAAAUACGUCAACGGAGAUGAAAUCAAAUACCUACAUUACAUUGGAUUUGAUUCCAUAUGCGCAAUAAUGAAGACACCCGAUUACAUGCCCCUUUGGCAAUACCCCUUCGGUAGCUUUGACCCACUUAGUUGGGUGACACUUGUAUUUAUAAUGCUAUUUAUUGGUGUUAUAGCGAAAGGCAUAUCACUUAUCAAGAAGAGAAUUGGUAUCAAGGCUGAUCAAUUACAAAUUAUUAAUUACUUGUCUUUGGGAUUUUUUGGAUGUAUGAUGAAACCAACGAGGGAUACAAUUUCAAUUCUAAGAGGCACUUGUUUAAUCACGUCCGUUAUAAUACUAUCUAUGUUUCAGGGACAUAUAAAUUAUAUGUAUACGACCAUGGUGAGAGGCCACCAAUUGAAGACUAUAAAUGACUUGCGAGAUUCCAAAGUGGAGAUUCGCACUAGCCCUUCUGUAGUCAAAUUGCUUGGUAGUCCAGAUCAUCUACCUAUUUUGGAGUCACAGAUCUACUAUGACGGGUAUAAUAAUCUAUCCGAUUUGCUGGUACAUGACAAUUGGGCCACACUGCAACGGAUACCUGAUGUCAUUCUGGAGACUAUGCGACUGAAUCAAAUCGACAGAGAUGGGAUGCCGUUACUUUACCUCAUCGACCAAUGCUUUUGCAAUUAUUACGUCACCUAUAUUACCCGAAAAGAUUUCCCAUUCGCCAACGACUUGACCGUGCUGCUCAUGCGUAUAGUGGAAGCAGGCCUUCCGGAAAUAUACUACCGUUGGACAAAGAACUCCCUUAAGCUGUCGGCAAAGAUGAAACUGAAGUACACGGGUCAGAAGCCGCGGCCAUUCACUCCCAGCACCAUGCAGGAACAACGGAUACCGUUCAGUUUGCUACUUGUGGGAUAUAUACUGUCAACCUCGGUUCUAAUUGUUGAGAGAUGGUGGGCGAGAAGAAAGCAAAGUGUCUCCGAGGUUGAGAUGUGUGAACACUAAUCGGAGCCUUGCGAGCCUUGGCUCAAAUUGUAAAUCCUUUUUAUUAGUAUUAGAGGGAUGCCUUAAAAUAAAAAUAAAAAUACAGAAGGAAAGAUUUCCAUUAGAUUUAUUUAAAAAAUAAUCCAAAGGAUAACAGUCUACAUACAUAAAGGUGUUGAAAAUUUCAAUCUCAUUGAAAAGGUGGCAAGAUUCGAUGUGAACACAAAAUAACAACGCAAAACUGCAAAAUAACAUGUUUAACUAUUCAGAAUAUAUAUUCUUCAAAUACACAACAUAACAAUAAAUACAUAUCCAUAAAAUACUUUUAUACAUUGAGCCAAUGGUAAAAAAUCUUACAUGUACCUACAUAGGGUGAGGCUACAAGACUGCGUUGGGUUGUGGCGUCGCGCCGUAGAAUCUAAGACAGGGCCAUCCCCGGUCCUUGAAUGGUAAUAUGCCCCGCUACUAUCAAACAAAAAGCGGCCUAUGAAGGGUUCCGUAGCAGCAAGUAACAAUAUAAAAGUUCUUGUAGUUCGUUGUAACUUUGAUAGAUGUUUUUAUAAUAGUGUAUUUUUUUUAAUUGAUUUGUGAUUUAUGACGUAUUAAAAAAAACUACUAACUAGAUCUCGUUCUAACCAAUUUUCGGUGGAAGUUUGCAUAGUAAUGUACAUCAUAUAUUUUUUGUAGUUUUAUCAGUCUCAUAUUUUAGAAGUUACAGGGGACACAUUUUACCACUUUGGAAGUGUCUAUCGCGCUAAGUAUUCAGUUAAGAAAAAAAUUAUAUUAGAAGUCUCAAUAUCAUUUUUAAAGACCUAUGCAUAGAUACACCACACGUAUCGGUUUGAUGAAAAAAAUUUUUGAGUUUCCGUUCUAAGUAUGUGGAACCCCCAAAUGUUUUUCAAUUUUUGUGUGAAAAUCUUAAUGCGGUUCACAGAAUACAUCUACUUUAUCAACAGUGUAGUUCUUAUUGUUUCAUGCCACAGGACAUGACGAAUCUAUAAGGGUUCCGUUUUUUGCCAUUUGGCUACGGAACCCUAAAAAUCAUAGGUUCUCACCAAAAAAAAGUGCCAUUUUGUCACAUAUUCCGACAAGGACCAAUCGGCUGCCGAACCUAUUACCUACCAUUUACCUCGCCAGACCUGAUAUACGACAUCGUACAAAUCGCGGAAUUAUACGAUGCGCCGCCGACUGUUGCGAUGAAAAUUAUUGCGUUGCGUCAUCACAUCGCAUCGCGAUUGCAAUGCGAUGUCGUAUGUGCGAUGCGACGUCGCAACGCAGUGUUGUGGCCUCGUCCAUAAUUAUAUACAAGUUUAAUAUAAUAUUAUUUAUACUAAUCUAAAUAAUAUUGUCAUCUAUGCCUUAUUAAUAUACAGUCUGGGUUUGAUAUACUCAUGAUAAGCAUAAAUUAGGUGAAAUAUUUUUUUUAUACUGCACACUACUGCAGCACAUAACUUUUUGCCAUCUUGCAGGAUAGCAAAAAGUUAUUAAACAAAAUGACACCCACAUACUUUAGUUAAAUGUAAAUAAAGUUUAUUAAUAUGUUUUUAAUUUUCAUAUAAAAUACGAAGAAACUUUUCCCCCAACCCAAUAUUACAUUUAGCUUUGAUUGAUAUAAUCGAAAGUUAUGUAGUAAAAAACUCAACUUACCACAACAUAAUUAAAUGUUUAAUUUAUAAAUUAAAUCUUAAAUUUAUUGAGCAAACAAAUAUUUCACUGAAAGAGAAAUGUGACCAGCUUUUCUUUUUAAUAAUAUUCAACCUUUAACUCUAUGUUACGGUAACAGAGUGUAAUUUUACUUGCAGCCAUCACACACACAAGCACAAACUUUGACACAUCCGUAAUCAUAUCGUCAUCGUUAAAUUUUGUAUGGAAAGAGCAAGUUUGUUCUUAAGUCCGGCAGGUUCGCUGCUCAGUUAUAAUAGAAACGUUGACAAUGCUAUAAGAUUACGAAACCGACGAAAUUCAUGCUUGAGCCUCUAUUCUUAUUUAUAAGAAAAUGGUCUCUCGUAACUGAACUGAAAAUCAUAAAAAUUCACAAGAGUUGCUCUUACUAAAAAAGAAACUUUUUUCGUAACAACGUUAAACUUAAAUUAAAACAUCACAUUACGUAAAAAACUUAAAAUGUAAUCUUGAGCUAGUGUCAUUAAUCUAAACUUUCAUAAUCUCAUGCCAGCAUUUCACUUGCUAUUCGUAUUUGCUAUUUGUAAACUUGA